AUGAGAGAAGCUGUCAUUACUCCCGACAUCCAGGUCGAAAUUCGCGAUGUACCAACUCCCGUGCCCAAAGCCGGAGAAGUCCUUGUCCGAGUGGUUGUGUCUGGCACAAAUUCUAAAGACUUGAAAACGGCGACUAUCCCAAUGGCUUGCCUGGUGGCAAGCUUUGGCUUGUAUGAUGUUCUUCAACUUCCAUCACGAUGGCUUUCUCCAGGAAGUCUAAGCAAUCCUAUCGUUAUCCAUGGCGUGGGGACUGCUAUCGGGACUUUUGCCAUAAAACUUGCCAAAGCUUCCAAUAUCCGACCGAUCAUUGUGACUGCAGGCAAUUCAGCUGAAGACAUUCGCGGGCUUCUUGACUUCGGUCAAUGUGAUGCCAUAAUUGACUAUCGCCAGUCAACCAAGAGGGUGGUCGCAGACAUCCAGUCGGCCAUUUUCAAGGCUGGAAGCGGACCUGCCUGGUAUGGACUUGAUGCUGCCACCAGCGAAGACGGUGCUCCCGAAUAUACAGGAAUACUCAUCGAAGCACUGGGCACUCAGUGGGGAUUGAGCGGUAAUCGACCUCGUGUUGCCACUGUCCAAGGUGGUGCCAGAGUUUGUGGCCUUGUAGAUGGGGAUUACAUCAACGUCAUGCUGGUUCAUACUGGCUCAUACUGGCACCCCAAGGACUGCAACGUGUCAAGUCCUAUUCUGUUCGGCACAGCCCAGAUUCGACUUAUCAGGAAACCAAGUUCGUUCAUGUUACAGAACGAAAGCUUCAAUUCCCAUGAGACGGUCAAGUGCGUAUUGUUGCCUCUUCGAGAAGAAGCUAGGCAGCUCAUUGACAAGUACCUCGACGACAUCUCCUUUAUUCACCAAGUCACUCAUGCAAAUAGCGUAGAACGUCGAGCGGAUGAGGUUUACAGCGCCAUUGACUUAGGCCGGUGUACCUCAAUUGAAACGAUCGCGCUGCUGCUGGCUAUCUUUGCGAAUUCUACCAGCCAGUGGGGCACUCACGGUGUGUCGAGAAAUGUCUUCAGCAUCGUGUCUAACGCUUAUUCGCAAGCUCUGUCGUGGCAGACAGCUGGGCUUGAUGUUUUAAACCAUCUUCAAAGAGACUCACAUGUGUCUCUCGAGGCUACACAGGCAAUGGUCCUUCUUUGCUAUUCCAUCGUUAAUCUCGAAGGCGUCACGAUAAAAUUCAGAAACAUCUUUUCAAGAGCUGUUGCUAUGGCGCGUGAGCUUGGGCUACAAUGUAUCGACCUGCCGAAGCGGCUUCUAAGCCUGUGGUAUCUCUGUUAUACUGAUUGGAUAGUUGCAGGACUGUCCGGCACGCUCGGAAACGUUUGUUUAAUCAACCCUUCGCAGAUGGCCGUCAACAAGCCUAAGAACAUUGAUGACGAUGAUCUUAUGGAAGGCAAGGAGAUCAUUACAAGACCGAUGGACCAGCCAACUUGUAUGUCUUUUGCAUUCCAGCGCAUCCGCCUUGCCGAGGUUUUCCGGGCAUCGCUUGAACAAACGCAGUGUGCAGGGUUAAGUCCAGAGGCCAUCGGUUAUCAGCAGGUACAAGAGCUCGACACCCAGCUUAUUCGCUUUUAG